GUUCAGUCGCGUGCGCACGCGGCUCAAGGAGGAGGGACCAUCUUGAUCCCCUUGGCUGACUGCUUCAACCAUUCACCCACGAACGCCAACUGUGAAGUGGUCCAGCACGAGCAGCACAUCGAAGUUGUAACGACCUGCGACAUCGAUGCAGGGGAGGAGCUGUUGAUCUGCUACGGCCACUUCUCAAACGCGGAGCUGUUGUACAAUGCCGGCUUUACGGCGUGGCCAAACGAUUUCGACGGCUUGGUCGUGGACUCCUCGGAGCUCCGGGCCGCAGUGGCCGCCGUGCUGCCGGAAG